AGCGAAGUCGCCGGGAUCGCAGUCUAGCGCAGCGGCACCUCCCUUGGCCCGCCUCCGAACGAGUCUGUGUGUUUUGAUUCAUCUAUAUAUUGGUCAAUCUAGAAUCCCUACUAUUAUUGGAGAACAGGAAAGUCAAUCACUCAAGUAGGCGCAGGAAAGAGACGAGGCUAGAAAGAUCCCCGCCCAUGAGAAGUGCUGAUUGGAGGAACAUUUGUUUUCUCUAAAGCUGGUUGGUGACAGGAGUAUUUCCCCACCCAGGAAUGUUUUUACGCGACUUAUCAACUUUCACCCAGGAUGUUUACUUCCUAACUUCCCCUUAGCAACGGAGUGGCGUCUUCUGGCUCUCCUAGCAACUGAGCGGAGCGACUUCUGCGGGAACCAGCCUGGUAGCCUGCGCUUCAGAAGAUCCAGUUGAUCCCAGAUUGUUGUUUCCUAGGAUAAUUCUGGAUCUGUUUUUUCCUGAGAGGCUACUCCAUUGAGGCGCAUUCUCUACCUCCUACCUGUGGUCUUCACCAACAAAACUAUCAACAGGGAAGAUGAACCGGCUGUGCAACUCACUGGAGCCGAGAGUGAUGAACGACGACAUGCUUAAGCUGGCCGUCGGGGAGCAGGGCCCACAGGAGGAGGCUGGGCAGCUGGCCAAACAGGAGGGCAUCCUCUUUAAGGACGUCGUCUCCCUACAGCUGGACUUCCAGAACAUCCUCCGCAUUGACAACCUCUGGCAGUUUGAGAACUUGAGGAAGCUGCAGCUGGACAAUAACAUCAUCGAGAGGAUCGAGGGCCUGGAGAACCUCACACAGCUGGUCUGGCUCGACCUGUCCUUCAACAACAUCGAGGCCAUCGAGGGGCUGGACACACUGGUCAACCUGGAGGACCUGAGCUUGUUCAACAACCGCAUCUCCAAGAUCGACUCUCUGGACGCCCUGGUCAAGCUGCAGGUGCUGUCCCUGGGCAACAACCAAAUCGGCAACAUGAUGAAUAUCAUCUACCUGCGGCGGUUCAAGGACCUGCGAGCGCUCAGCCUCUGUGGGAACCCCAUCGCCGAGGCAGAGGAUUACAAGAUGUUCGUCUGGGCCUACCUCCCUGACCUCGUGUACCUGGACUCUCGGCGGAUCGAUGACCACAUGAAGGGGCUGGCGGAGGUGAAGCACCAGUUCAGCAUCGACGAGCUGAGGCACCGUGAGCGCCUGAUUCAGGCCCAGCAGGCGGAGGAGCAGGCCCGGCAGGCGGAGGAGCACUCACCCCCUCCCUCCCUCUGCCCGCAGGCUGCCUUCGUGGAGCACCUGAACGGCUCCUUCCUCUUCGACAGCAUGUACGCUGAUGAUGUGGAGGGCAGCAAACUGGCCGCUCUGCACGGCGUGGGCGAGCUCCUUGAGGCCUACAAGGACAAGUUUGUCAUCAUCUGCCUGAACAUUUUCGAGUACGGACUGAAACAGCAGGAAAAGCGGAAGGUGGAGCUCGACACCUUCAAUGCGUGUGUCCAGGAGGCCGUCCAGGAAAACCGGGAGCAGGGCAAGCUCAGGAUCGCCAAGUUCGAGGAGAAGCACCUGCUGAGUCUGAACGCCAUCCGCGACGAGGCCGACCUGGCCAGCAUGGAGGCGAGGAUCGUGGCGUACAGCGAGGACAUCACCGAGCUGUCCAGUGCGCUCAUGACGCUGGAGAUGCAGCUGGUGGAGCAGCUGGAGGAGACGAUAAACAUGUUCGAGAGGAACAUCAUCGACUUGGUGGGGCUCUUUGUCGAAAAUGUCCAAAGCCUCAUGGCCCAGUGCCGGGACCUGGAGAACCACCACCACGAGAAGCUUCUGGAGAUCGCCAUCAACACCCUGGAGAAGGUCGUCAAGGGCGAGCUCGACGAGGACCUGCCUGAGGACGUGCGGGCGCUUUUUGUGGACAAAGACACAAUUGUGAAUGCUGUUGGGACAUCACAUGACAUGCACCUUCUCAAGAUUGACAACCGAGAAGAUGAGCUGGUGACCAGAGUCAACUCUUGGUGCACACACUUAGUGGGCAAGAUUCACAAGGAUGAGAUCAUGAGGAACCGCAAGCGCGUGAAGGAGAUCAAUCAGUACAUCGACCACAUGCAGAAUGAGCUGGACAACCUCGACAGUGGCGACAUUCUAGAUUAGGGGUGUCUGCCCAGAGUCCCUCGGAAAACACAGCACUUGGCCCUGCCAGGGGAGAGUGGGGAUUCUCAGCCCACAGCCCCAGUGCCAUCCAUCCUUCCACCACCCCUGCACAAACUCCCAAAUGUAGACAAA